AUGAAAGAACUGCUACAGAUUGGAGCAACUAUUUUUCUAGCGUACCUUGCUCUAGCCAAAGGGGUACAAGAGAAGACACAUCAACACACUGAUGAAAAAGGUCUACAAGAUAUCAUCAAUCAAUAUGUUAAGAAGACCAUUACGGUCAAAUUUGGUGAAGUCUUUGACUGUGUUGACAUCAAUCGACAACCAGCUUUUCAUCAUCCAUUGUUAAAAAACCAUUCGCUGCAGAUGAAACCAAGCUCUUAUCCAGCAGGUUUCCACUUCAAAUCUACAUCUGCAGUUAACACAACACAGUCACCGUUGACUAUGGUUGCAUGCCCAGCACGUACUAUUCCAAUAUUACGGAAAACUGAUAAAGCUGGAUCCAUUCCCCUAUUGAGCUCUACUCUUAUUGAUGGGGCCGAGAUAGCUGGUAUCAAGACCGAAGGUGACAUACAUGGCGUGCGGGUAUCACUUAACAUUUACGAGCCAAAACUGAAAGGAAAUGGAGAUUUCAGUGCACAAAUGUUCAAUGUGAUGCAUGGAGGGGGUGGAGCUGUUGAGGCUAUUGCCGCUGGUUCAAUGGUAUCACAGAAUUUUGGAGACAGCUUUGCUAGGUUCCAUAUACUUUGGCUCGAGAAGGACCAAAAAACUUGCAUGGAUUUCCACUGCCCUAGUUUUGUGCAAACAAGUGAGCACAUUGGUGUUGGAGGAAGAAUAACUCCAGUUUCUACCUACAAAGGGAAGCAAGUGGAAGUAACUUUACUUCUGUUCCAGGAUCCAAGGAUGAGGAACUGGUGGCUAUUUUAUGAUACAAAACCCAUAGGAUAUUGGCCGGGUUCACUAUUUACAGAACUGAGAGACGGUAAUGCCAAUGUAGCAGUGUUUGGUGGAUAUGUUUGGGGUCCAAUGCAUGACCCACCAGAAAUGGGAAGUGGACAUUUUGCAAAUGAAAGGGAAGGAAAAGCUGCCUAUGCUAGGAAUAUUAAAAGAGUAAAUAUGAGGAACACACUUGCUGACUUGGACUUCGCCAAGACCUUCGCUUAUUCUACUAAACCACCGUGCUACACUGUUGACUCAUAUAACCACAAUGGUAAUGGGGUACAUGUCUACUACGGUGAACCGGGUGAUUGCCACCCUUACCCUUCAGUGCGAUAG